GCCUCAACGAAACCGCUCCUCAGUUCAGCAGGCUCAAUUCGGUUCAGUUCAGUCGGUCGCGUCCUCGGGGGCGGAUGAGGCGGUGCGCGCGGCCCCAUCCCCAGGACCCGGUGUUGUUGGUUGCACUGACAACCAUCACGACGACGACGAUGGCUCUUCCGACGACGGUUCUUCUUUUGUGCGUCGCGUCGGUGUGCUUCCUGGUUGACGCCAAUCCGGACGCGAAAAGACUCUACGACGAUUUGCUCAGCAACUAUAACAAACUGGUGCGACCUGUGGUUAACACCUCCGAUGUUCUGCGUGUGUGUAUCAAGCUUAAGCUGUCUCAACUCAUUGAUGUUAAUUUGAAAAACCAAAUCAUGACGACGAAUUUGUGGGUGGAACAGUCAUGGUACGACUACAAGUUGCGUUGGGAGCCCAAAGAAUAUGGUGGGGUGCACAUGCUACACGUUCCCUCAGAUCACAUAUGGAGGCCGGACAUAGUGCUUUACAAUAACGCCGACGGCAAUUUCGAAGUGACGCUAGCAACAAAAGCAACGAUUUACCAUCAGGGAUUGGUCGAAUGGAAACCUCCGGCCAUUUACAAGUCUUCUUGCGAAAUUGACGUCGAAUAUUUUCCUUUCGACGAACAGACUUGCGUACUCAAGUUCGGCAGUUGGACGUAUGACGGGUUCAAGGUAGAUUUGAGGCACAUGGAUGAAAAGGCUGGCAGCAAUAUUGUAGACGUUGGCGUAGAUUUAUCCGAGUUCUACAUGUCGGUUGAGUGGGAUAUUUUGGAAGUACCAGCAGUAAGAAAUGAAAAAUUCUACACUUGUUGCGACGAGCCGUAUCUGGACAUCACAUUUAACAUCACCAUGAGAAGGAAAACAUUAUUUUACACAGUCAACAUCAUCAUUCCUUGCAUGGGCAUUUCGUUUUUAACGGUUCUGACGUUUUACUUACCAUCGGAUAGCGGCGAAAAGGUUACGCUCUCCAUCUCAAUUCUUAUCAGUCUUCACGUAUUCUUCUUACUAGUAGUCGAAAUCAUCCCUCCCACGUCACUGGUUGUUCCGCUUUUAGGAAAAUAUCUAAUAUUCGCCAUGAUAUUAGUUUCGAUAAGUAUAUGCGUCACAGUAGUUGUUCUGAACGUUCACUUUCGAUCUCCGCAAACGCACAAAAUGUCACCGUGGGUAAAAAGAGUAUUCAUCCAUAUUCUUCCUAGGCUUUUAGUAAUGAAAAGACCCCAAUACGUUUUCGAAACACACAGUCGUUUCAUGACAAACAGAUUGCUCUCAACCAGCGGUACCAACAUGUCCACUUCAUGUAUUUACCCCUAUCACACAACAGUGAGAAGGCCUAGUGCGAGUCCUAAAAGGCGGAUGCCGCCUCCAUCAAGUAGGACACCUUCCAGAGAAAAUAUACCACAUAGUCUAGCAGAUGGCGGUCCGUUCGGUAGCACCUGCCAAAUCCACGGACCGAUGGCUUCGACGCCGGCCACCGGAUCCGAAGACAUCACCGAGUCCCUGGACAACGCAGAAGGUCCCGAAGGACUCAAAAGUCCGCUGUUGCUCAAAAAUCCGGCGUUCAGUCACACGCGGUGUCCGCUCGAAGUGCACAAAACUUGUUUUUGCGUACGGUUUAUAGCGGAACAUACCAAAAUGGUCGAAGACUCUACGAAGGUGAAAGAAGACUGGAAAUACGUUGCCAUGGUGUUGGACAGACUUUUCCUAUGGAUAUUUACAUUGGCAGUACUAGUAGGUACUGCCGGCAUCAUUCUUCAAGCACCGUCACUGUACGACGAUCGCACUCCGAUCGACAAAAAGUUUAGCGAGUACGCCACCACUGUUGUCAAAUGUCCUCCGCCAUAGUGCCGUCACCCCCAACGUUGCCAAACAUUCCAACGACAUAAAUUUUUACCCAUUUUUUUUUUUUAUUUUAGGCAAAAAAAAACAUACACCCAUAGUGGUUGUGUCCGUUUUGUGGUGUUCGUUAGGACCCGAUAAUUAUCUUUGAUUGAAUUGGAUUAAAUUUACACGGUGUUGCCAAACUGUUGGAAAAAUACUAAUGUCAAAUUAAUUACAAUGCUAAUCUAAUCCAAUCAAAUUUUUAUUGUUGUCAAUAGAUUUUUUGAUAAAUAAAUAAUAUUGUUGUUAGGUUAUAUUUGUAAGGAUUCCUCUAAUAGGUAUAUUAUAUUUAAGAUAGUAUUUUAAUUUUCUAGAAGCAAUAUGUAUAAUAUGUAUUUCAGUUUUUUAAGAGAAUUUAUUAUAAGUGGUUUUUUAUAUUAUUAUUAUUAUUAUAAAUAAAAGUAAAUCCUAAUUAAGGUGUUCAAUCGUCCCACUUGUAUAAACUGAAGAAAAAAAAAGUGACAAAAACCCAUGCUUAUGACUGUUCGAAUGAAUUAUUAAUUAGCAAUUUUACCUGAUUGAAAAAAAUAUUUUAUAAGAAUUCUGUGUAAUUUUAAAGUAUUUUACAAGAAAAAUAAAUUAUCUUGAAUCAUCGUGUAGUACUCAGAAAGAUCUAUACUUAAAACUACAGGGCGGUUCAAUAAUAUUUUUAAAAUUACCUAUAUGUUAAAAAAAAGCAGAUGUCUUUUCAACGAAUUUUAAUUACCAGUAAUAGAUACGUAUAAUUAAACCAUAUCAUUGUUCCUAAUUAUAACAAUUAUUGUUAACUUGAAAAGUAUUAUACAGAGUGGUACAAUAAAUUGCCGUUGACAUAAACCACAAAACCGAAACGUGCGCAAUUUUAAUUUCCUGUGAUUAUGUAUUAAAUUAAUUUCAAUUUUUUAAAACAACUUUUGACAGAUAUGUAUCAAAUUUAUAUACAGGGUGUUUGCUUUUGACAUCCAUAAAACACCCCAAAGAGAAAUCAUAUCUGAAAAGAAAUCUGCAAAAUACCCAUUAAUAAUGUAGAUCCUACCACAUAGUGCCAUACCAAUGUUUAUUUUCGUAAAUUUUAAGGAAGGUGUAAUUUUUCGAAGUAAAAACACACAGAGGAAUCUAACCCUAGGAUUAUUAAUAUAAUAGGUGAAGACAAAAAACAUUUAGUUUAAAAUAGACUGCCUAAACAAACAAAAAAAUAACGUUAAUAACGAAAUUGGGAACAUGUUUUUGGGAGAGAAGAAUAACUUCACCAAUAUAAUAUUAUUGUGAAGUUAUUCUGUAUUUCUCUUCUAUUUGUAUUCUGUAAAUACUAGGAAAAAAUAUACUAUGGGUGUUAGAGAAAAAAAGAAACUUUUAAAUGGACUGUAGAAAAUAUGAAAACUAAAAAAUAAAAGCCGUUGUUUCGAAAUAAAAAAUAUAUAUAUAUAUAUAUAAAAUUAAAUACGACCUGUUUAGAACCUAAGAUAAAACAAUUGUUAUACCCAAAUGAAUAAAAAUAAAUAAAUAAAUUGUUG